UCUCUCUCUCUCUCUUUCUUUUUUUAUUGUACCUUUCUUUCUUUCUCAACAUGGGUGCUCAAGUUGUUGAUUAUCGAAUAUCCACACUCGUUGUCUUGUGUAAAGAUUGUGGUAAUGAUGUGGGUCUCUAUCCAGCUCGUCAUAAAUGUCAACCAGUCGGUAGACCUCCUAUGCCCCCACUUCCUUUACAGUUCAUGAACACCCAAGAACCAGCAGCCUCACCUUCACCUAAACCCAAUGCAACCCAGAUAGAACCUGAAGAAGAAUCUGUCUACUUUAAUAACUUUGCUGCCAACUUACCCGAGACAAAAGAACCUGCAGGCAAAAAAUUAUGGGGCAAAAUUCGAGAGAAUGAGAAAUGGAAGCAAUUGAGUGAGAAAAAUGAAAAACCAAAGCAGAGUGGUAAAUUAUGGGGAAAAUUGAUCCAGGCUACACAAAAUAUGGCCGAUAAAAUACCUAGCAAAGAUGAACGAGGAGCAGAAUCGGAUGAAGAUGACUGGGAAGGAGAAACACACGUAGCAAGAAUUAUUCGAGAAUAUUAUGAAAAGAAGCGCAUGCGUUUACCAGAAUGGCUUUUUGAAGAUGAUCCUCAAACAGGUAUCACAAGAAAAAUGUCUACAAGAGCACCUGUGGAUAGUCAGCCAGACACUAUCUCUAGAAACCCCUCCAGAAGAAGAUUAUGGGAUCACGAUCCCAUGGAUCCCAAAAAUAUCUCGAGUAGAGAAAGAGAGAGACAAGAAUUAAGACAAGUACAGGAUAAUCGUAAAAGUGGCCGCUAUCAAGAUGAUGAAGAAAGUCAUUAUCGACGUGAACAAUGCUACAAUGGUCGGAAAGAUUACGAAGAAGAGUAUCGUCAUAGUACCAGAGACUAUGUAGAAGAUCGUUAUGCUCACAAGAGUCCAGUUCGUGAUCAUUAUCCUCGAGAACCUUACACGAGAGAACAACCUCGGUAUUAUGAAGACAGCAGUUAUCGAUCUCCCCCUCCUCCUCAACAACAGCCCUAUAGUAAAUCAAGACAGUAUGAAGAUGAUGACCGUUAUGCACAAUCGCCCGUACGCUCUCCCAAACAAUACAGUAGAUCAAGACAGUAUGAAGAUAGCGAUCAUUAUUCACAACCUGAUUCAAGAUUGUCAGGACGAAGCUAUAACGACUACAAAUCAAGCCAUGAACCUAUGGUUGAUUACUACCCUAAUAAUCCUAGGCAACAUGUUCCUUUGGCACCCAUGGAUAGAGGUGCUUCAAGAUACAAUCAAGCUCCUUCUCCAGACAUGAGUCGUAGACCACCUUCACUUCGAAGUGGUCGCCGUUACGGCAAUGAUCCUAAUUACUUUUAAGACUGUGCAUUUUUUUAUACCGUUAUUUUAUCAUGUUAAUACUAUUCUCAAACUAUAUUG